AUGAGUGGGCAGCUAUCUAUCCUAGUGAUUGGCCUUGGAGGCAUUGGCUCCAUCUACAGUCUUGUCUGUAAACGCGGUGAACCAAAUGCCAAGCUGACGUUCGUUGCUCGCUCCAAUUAUCAAGCGCUGCAUGAUAAUGGUAUCUCCAUCAAGUCUGCCAAAUAUGGCCAUCACCACGUCACUCCGGAUGCUGUCUUCAAGACGACUGAAGAUGCUGCUGGUGUUGAGUAUGACUAUAUCCUAUGCACCACAAAAUCCCUGCCGAAUGCACCUCUUCCGGCCUUACUCAGGCCUGUCGUGUCCCCAAAUACAACCAUCGUCAUGAUCCAGAACGGCCUGGGUAUUGAGCAGCCUGUUGCUGAAGCAUUCCCAGAAAACGCUCUGUUGACAUGCACGGCCUACAUUGGCGUCUGGCAAACUUCGCCGGGCAAUAUCGAGCAUGCAAAGCUGGAUAAACUUGAUAUCGGCAUCUUUGCAGAUGCACAUGUUGCUGAGUCGCGUAAGCAAAAGGACACAGCCGCACUUGACAAGUUUGUAUCGGUUCUCAAGGCAGGAGGGACGGAUGUGACUGUCCUUGAGAAUAUGGUUCUUGCUCGAUGGCAGAAACUUGUCUGGAACGCUUCAUUCAAUGUCGUUUGUACAGUCAUGGGUAUGGACACGUUUCAAGUACUUGCAUGCCCAUCUGCAACAACACUCGUCAGGACACUCAUGGAGGAGAUUUGCGCUGCUGCAAAAGCGAAUGGCUAUGAAUUGCCAGCUGGUAUCAUCCAGGGCAACCUCGACAAUACGCACACGAUUGGGCCAUACAAGCCGAGCAUGCUGCUUGAUUAUGAGGGCGGUCGUGAGAUGGAGGUGGAUGUGAUUCUUGGCAACCCCAUUGCACAAGCACAACAGGCUGGUGUUGCUGUGCCUACACUUCAGGUGAUGAAGGAGACGCUCGAGUGUCUCAAUUGGAAGACGGCAGAGAAGAAAAAGUAA